AUGAUUUAUUUGUCUAUUUAUAGAGCUUAAAACUAUGUAUUUAAUGAAAUAUAAGGAAACUAUGGAGGUUCUUAGAUUAAAAAAUUGAUGAUUAACAUUUUUUUUUUUUUCAUUUUAUUCUUAUCAGGAAUUAUUAAUUAUUUAAAAAUAUCUUAAAUAAUUCAAAAAAAUAAAGAUUUAUUACAUUCUGUAUAGAAUUUGAAUAGAUUUAAUUUUUCUGAUAAGAAAUUUUUGAUCAAGUUUUUUUUAAUAUUUUUUAUUAUCUAAUUUUAAAAAAAUAUAUAGAUUAAACAUAUCAAUAAGUAGAAAAUAAAAUUAGAUAGUAAUAAAUAAAUAAAAAAAAUAGUAUCUAAGUAAAUAAAAAAGAGCUUUUAUAUCAAGUUCAGAAGUAGUAUCAUAUAAUUGAAAUCUUAAAAAGAGAAAAAAAGAUGA